AUGCUGUAUAUUCCAGGUUUAUUCGAGUUAACUACCAAAUUAGGGCGGCGCUCUGGCGCGAGCGAGUUAAUGGCAGCAAAUCUCGCUGUACAACAUGUAAACGCUCUUAAUAUCCUGCCUGGAUACAAGCUGAUUUUGCUAAUUAACGACACUCAAUGCGAUCCUGGGGUGGCAGUUGAUCGACUUUUCCAUGCAAUCUACUCGAAAAUGACCGUUUUUAUGCUGUUGGGAUCGGGAUGUUCCAAUGUGAGCGAGGCUCUGGCUCAAGUAGUUCCUUAUUGGAAUAUAAUCCAAGUUUCAUACGGGUCGAAAUCGCCCGCAUUAUCCGACAGACGGAAAUUUCCUCUAUUCUUCCGAACAGCAGCCCCUGAUUCAACACACAAUAUCGCCAAAGCGCGCUUUAUCAAAUACCACAAGUGGCAAAUGGUGGCGGCUUUCAGCCAAAGCGAAAAUCGCUAUUUGCUCCCGAUCAACCACUUAAUUACCGAAUUGGAAAAGGAAAAUGUUACCUGCAUUUCCACGGUCACUUUCUCAUCUGACAACUACAAGGACCAGUUACAGUUAUUAAAGAAACACGACACCCGCAUUAUUAUAGGAAGUUUCUCAGUUGCGAUGGCUCCCGGUAUAUUUUGCGCGGCACACGAAUUGGGCAUGUUCGGAGCGGAAUACGUUUGGAUUAUUGAAAAUCGUGACGUCGCCUGGUGGGAGCAAAUGGUAAGCGGCUGCAGCCAAUCGCAGCUUCGAGAGGCUGUAGAAGGAAUUAUAUUGGUUGGUGACUUUGACUUGGAUUAUCAACGGCAAUCGGUUUCACAUUCCCAGAAUAUAGAAGACAAAUCAGCAAUUCCUGUUGGGAGAAUGUCGAAAUAUGCUAAGCAAUCGUACGACGCUAUUUGGGCCAUGUCCCUAUCAUUAGCAGCGAGCAAUAUCGGCUCCUUCGAACAGUUCAGCUAUUCAAAUCGUCAAGUUGGGCGCAGUUUCUUUGAAACUAUGAGAAAGCUAAAAUUCGUCGGAUUGUCGGGCCCAAUCAGAUUCGAAGGAGCUGACCGAGUGGGCGAUCUGGUUGUUAGUCAAAUUCAAGGUGGGCGAGUUGCAGACGUUCUUUUCUACGAUUCGAUUCAAGACACUUUGGAGUCCAACUGCGUGUUCUGCAGGAAAAUUCGAUGGCAAAACGAUCGAGUUCCCAUCGCUAAAAGAAUCUUCAAGACCACACAAGUAACGAUACCAAAAGUAUUGUUUUCCCUGACUACUGGAAUAUCAGUUUCCGGUAUCAUUUGCUCGUUAGUGUUCCUCUAUUUUAAUGCGAAAUUCCGACAGAUGAAGACAAUAAAGCUUUCCAGCCCCAAUCUAAACAACCUGACAGUGACUGGAUGCAUUUUGGUCUACGUAUCGGUGAUUUUAUUUGGUCUACACAGCGUAAAUUGGUUUAGUGACCUGUGCUCGGCCAGGAUUUUUCUCCUAUCUGCCGGCUGUUCGCUAACAUUCGGCUCAAUUUUCGCCAAAUCCUACAGAGUGCAUCGGCUGUUCACUUACACUUCAGCCGGUUUGGUGAAGAACAAACUUCUCAAAGAUCAGCAACUGAUCGGCCUGAUUCUGAUCCCCAUUGCGAUUGAUUUUUUUAUCGUGGCUCUCUGGUCCUCUGUGGAUCCGCUCAUUAAGCAGCCGCACGACUUGAAGCUGCAGAUCAGCGCGGAGGAUCGCCGGAUUGUCUAUCAGCCUCAGAUCCAGAUUUGUCAAUGUCGCAACACUAUUGGCUGGCACGUGGCUCUGUUCGGCUACAAGUCCAUUCUGCUCGUCAUGGGCGUUUGCAUGGCGUGGAAAACCCGCCAUGUAGAAAUAGCAGCUUUAAACGACUCCCAAUUCAUCGGCAUUUGCGUCUACAGCGCAAUUUUCUCCACAAUUAUUGUGAUAGCUUUCAGCUUCGUAACUGAGUACUUUGUACUCAGCUACGUGGCCAAAUCAGCUAGUAUCCUGGCGUCGACCACCAUCACGCUGGUGCUGAUGUUGCUGCCCAGGCUCAAGUCAGUAUUUGCUCAGACUGAUGCAGAGCUGAGCCUGAUGGAGAGCUUGGGGCUGAAAAUCCAGUCAAACACUCGACGGUUUAUCUACGACGACCCAAAAGAACUACUAUCCCGACUGGAAAUUCAGAACAAAGUCUACCAAUCCAGGCUGGAGUUUCUGGACAGGGAAAUAGUGCGCUUGGAGGAGAUUUUGGAGCAUUCGCAUCCCAGCUCUAAUUGCUCCAGCAUUAACGCCAUCCAGGUUAUUCCAGAAAUUCACGUACUGAAGGUUCCCAGAGCUUCCUGGCCCACUUGGCACAAUCAACCCAUCAAAACUUUCUCAUCGGAAAACCGGCUAAAUAAUGAAAGAAGCGGCGAUAGGACGACGAAGUUUUACGGCAAAAUUAAGAAGUUUUUUGGCGGCUCUGGGAAAACCAGUGGGGAAAAGCUGCAGCUGGGCUCAAACCCAGAAAUUUCCCAUUUGGCCCCAUGCAGGGAGACUGUGGGGAACAUAAACUCGAAGAGUUCCAUUAGAAGCUCAUAUUAAUUAACAGCUAGGGGAUUUGAUUAGGUAGAUAGACAAGAGAUUGUUAUGAAAAAACUGCUCGCGCCUCUGGAGAAUGCAGCAGGUUAAUCAUCUGGUAACAGUGGCCAAAUAAAUAAACAUCUAAAAAUGUC